AUGGCAAUCUAUACGAGCACUGAGUCAUUGUCUAAAGGCUGUGGUAUCGGCUCCUGGAGGCCAAAGUGGUUGCAAAGAUGGGCGACGGCUAACAUGUUUAUACUGAUGCUGGCCAUCAUCGGUACACUACAGUCAUCAGCGUUUGCCUAUACCGUGGCCUCAGUCACCACUCUUGAAAAACGGUACGCUUUUAAUAGUUUCAUAUCCGGUAUUAUACUCAUCGCAGACGACAUAUCAGGCCUUAUAUUUAAGCCGAUUUAUGGCUAUCUGGCUAAUCAUGUUCACCGUCCGCGGCUUAUUGGUUGUUCAACAAUAUUGGUGGGCAUUGGCUGCUAUUUGGCCGCUUUGCCGUACUUUAUAUACGGACCGGCCGUUCAUCUAUUGAGCAAAACUGUGUCCGCAAACCAGUCGAUGGGCGCCGAGUUUUGUGACGCCAACCGUACACUAGUGGACGAGUGCGUUGAUGACGAUAAUUACUUUAGUUUCCCUAUACUUCCGGUGCUUUUGCCGUUUAUGUCGAUGUUUUUGAACGGUUUGGGUUCGGCGGCCGUCUAUUACGUGGGCAUACCUUUCCUCGACGACAGCGUCGAUAAGAAAAAGUCUCCGAUGUAUAUAAGUAUGUGA